GCACAUAGAUUUUGCCACUCUGAAUAACAACCUCCCCAAAAGGAUGAUGCGCUACAGUAACAACAUGUCUAAUAGUAGAAUCCAGAAAAUUCCUGAAGCAUUUGUUUCAGGCUCAGCUGCUGUGUUUGACCAACCAGUAUGGCAACGUCGGAGGACAACUGCUCCCACACACACUUGCACACACAUCUAUAAAGAGUUUUGGCUGUAAGGCAUUUGUGGUCCAGUUUUCUGGGGGAGAGUCAGGAACCAGCUGAGCUCAGGAUGGCAGACAAAAAGAUGUCAGCGAGCCGGAAAAACUAUCUCAAGAGUCUGCUACUGCAGAUUGGUGAGAAACUGUUGGAGGAGGAGAGGCAGGAGGCUGAGGAGGAUAAGAUGAGGUAUAUGGAAGAGAACUGCCCAACUCUUUCCCUUCCUGGCACAAUGCAAGAGUUACAGGAACUUUGUCGGAAACUUCACAAACAGAUCGAUAUGGUGGAUGAGGAGCGGUAUGACAUGGAGCUCAAGAUGACAAAGUCUGACAAAGAGAUUAAUGACCUGAAGUUGAUGGUGCAAGACCUGAAUGGAAAGUUUAAAAAGCCAGCUCUGAAGAAGGUUCGGAUGUCUGCCGAUGCCAUGCUGGCCGCUCUCCUGGGCUCCAAACAUAAAGUAUCCAUGGAUCUCAGAGCCAACUUGAAGCAAGUCAAGAAGGAAGUCAAAGAGGAGGAAAAGCCUGUAGGUGACUGGAGGAAGAACAUUGAGGACAAAUCUGGUAUGGACGGCAGAAAAAAGAUGUUUGAAACAGAUGCUUAAAUCUAAGAAGGUGAUUUGAUGUUGACCGUAGAAAAUGUGUUGUGAUAUGUAUUAUGAG